AUGGUUCUUGAGCCGGACUCCUUACAAGUCGAGCCGACAGGGCUCGAGCCGACUGUAAGCAAGACGCUUUCUUUUCAGAUAGCGCCGGAAAUGCUACAAGGCGUGGCAAUGAGUGAGUGCCUUAAAUGGUGGGGCAAACACUGGGCGGACAGCAACCACCAGCAUACUGUAACGCGGAGGAUUCAACAGGUACACAAGUAUGACAAUUUUAUCAGCCACGAUUGGGGGACAUCGAGGUGGCUUAAGCUGGCCGCCUUGCUUGUGGUUUUCAAUAGCCAAGCUGCUGCUGCAGCCAGUCUCCUCGUGAGUUUGCUUGUCGGCGUACUCCGCAUCAGCAGCGUCUUGCCCAAUCACAUCUGGACGGCCUUUGCCGGACACAUCGCGUUUGUUGCAGUCCUGUGCUUCUGGCAGCGGCUACGUGAACUGGUCCGAAGGCCUCGCAUCGUUUUCCUGGACAAGCUGUGCAUCUCUCAAGAGGACGAGGCGCUCAAAGAGCAGGGAAUUCUAAGCCUGCCUGGUUUUUUGGAUCAGUCGGAAGAGUUGACAAUACUUUGGUCCGGAAAAUAUUUAACUCGCUUGUGGUGUACGUAUGAGCUCAUUUCAUUCCUGCAAAAUCCUCAGAAGCGCAAGUCUGUUCACGUAAUCCCCGUGAAGCUCUGCUUGCUGAUCUGCCUCAUGUCUGUCGCUUGGCAUUGCAUGGCUGCUGGAUACUACAUUGCCUACCGUGAGAUCGAUGCCGGCGCAAGGACAUCGAUCGAUGCCAGGUUUCUGUUCCAAUCCGUCGCUGUUCUCAUUCUCCCGUUGCAAAACUACGUGAGCUUGGGGCUCUUGGCUGAGAUCCAGGAGUUGCCCCAGCAAGUGCGAAGCUUCAGCAUACGUGCUGCGGAGUGCGCCUGUUGCUCAGACGGUCAUGUGCAUCCGAAGACUGGCCGGAGCAUCAUCUGCGACCGGAAGCUUGUCUUCGAAGUGCUUGGGCUAUGGUAUGGAAAGGAUGGGGCGACGGAAUCCGAGGUGCUGAGAUAUUUCGAUUCCCUCGUGCAGAAGCAGGAAAUCACCGACAUUCUAAGCGGUGUACAGGGCUCUCUGGUGCCAUUCCGUUACGCUUUCUACAUGGUCGCAACUGCAAAUGUUCCUUUCCUCUCCGACUACAUGGCUGUUCUUGCUGCUGGUCCUGAGCCAAGCUUAGCUGGCACAGAUCUGAUGAUUUGGGGCACUCGCUUGAUCUUCGAUUGGCUCAAUUUCUUCCUGGUUAUAAUGUUGGCUGUGCAGUUGAGCAUGCUAAUUUGGCAGAAGGGGACUUGCUUAAAGCAGUUUUCCCGCCCUUGUGUGGCGAUACUACUCCUGCCCCCAAUGUUGAUUUCUGUCAUGACGUGGGAACCGUAUCGCAGUACCCUGGUACGGACGCCACCAAACAGUCUGCUGCCUCUUUGUCCUUUUGCCGGCCUAUUGUUAAUCAAUCUUGCGUUCCUGUUGCCACUCAACAGAUGCACUUUCUGUCACUUGCAGCCUCCACCUAAAGCCCCAGCUGAGCCGGCUCAGCCAGCAUGGCAUGUGGGUACAGAGGUUCCGGAUGUGGUCAUGAAAGGUGAUGUCCUGUCCGUGUAG